AUGAAUACAAAGUUGGUAACAGAAUUUGUAAAAAAAAGUGGAUCAAACAUAUUUGGUAAAGAUUUCAAUUAUUUCAAUGUUUUAAUCGAAUCAAAAAAGUCGGAUGAUUACGAUGAUCAUAUCGAUGAGUUCAACAAAGCUGCUAAAUCGUUCAAGAAAGAGGUAAAAUUUGUAUUUAUCGACACAGAUAUUGAAGAAAAUUGGCAAGUAAUUGAAUAUUUGGGAAUCAUCGCUGAAGAAAUUCCAACUAUAUUAUUUAUUAAAAUCCAGAAUGGACUGAUAAAAUAUAAAUUCAGUUGGAAUGAGAUUACAAAAGCCAAUAUUGUUUCAUUUACUGAAAGUUGCCUUAAUGGAAAUGAAAUAGCAUUUUUGAAAACUGAAGAGAUAGCAGAUGAUUGGGAUCGAAAGCCAUUAAAAAUUUUAGUUGGCAAAAAUUUUGAAAAUGUCGUUUUCGAUAAAAUGAAGACAUCAUUCGUCUUCUUUUAUGCACCGUGGUGCUCGGCAUGUCAAGCUGUAAUGGCAGAAAUUGAAAAACUUGCUGAAUUCUACCACAGUAACGAUGAAAUAAUGAUUGCUAAAAUCGAUUCAACAGAGAAUGAAGUACAUGGGCUGCCAAUUUUCGACGUGCCUACGAUUGCACUUUUUGUUCGAGGAAGUCGAAAGCCAAUUUACUACACAGAAGAUGAAAGGACCGCUAAAAAAUUUUCUGAAUUCAUUAUCUCAAAUACCAAAGCAAAUAAUAAGAAAAAGAUUGAGGAGAAAUCGAACAAAGAAAAACUAAUUUUUAGCGAAGAUAAAAUUACAAAAGAUGAUGCUAAAACUAAGUUAUCUACGGACAAUGACAAAACGAAAACAACAAGUAAGAAGAAAUCGAACGAAGAAAUGGAUAGAAAAAAAUCGGAAGAAAAGAGAGAAGAUGAAGAAAAAAUGAAAGAUACCAGCAAAACGACAAAGGAUUCCGGUAAAUCCUCAAAGAAGCCUGGCAAAAGCAAGAAGCUUUCCAGCUGCUCGAAAAGCAAAAAAGAUGAAUUAUAA